AGAACAACAAAUGAUAGGGGAGAGCUGAAUCAGUAAAGGACUAAAGAGGAUCAUAACAGCAGUAGAACAACUCCAGGUUCUCUGCAGUCUGUACACAGCCAAUAGCGUGUCUAUUUCUUUCUUUGUAAAGUCCUUUUUCAACCAAAUAUCAAUGCACCUCUCUUACUUUUCUGUGAAGAAUCGAAAUAAAAUCUCACGGAACCUACACACUGCAUUGGAAGAUACAAGAAUAUCAUCAGUUUCUCCUAUUCAUUAACUCCAGUUACUCACUGAAGAUAACAUUGGAAGCAUUGGGCAAUAAAAAUGAGCAAUUCCUCUGCUGGAACCUCAUCAAAACCAAGAACAGCUUCCUCACAACCAUCAGAAACUUCGUCCAAGCGCAAAAGAGGAGUUUUCCAAAAAGAAUUGCAGCACAUGAUGUAUGGCUUUGAAGAUGAUCCUAAUCCACUUCCUGAAAGUGUGGCUCUUAUGGAGGACAUUGUUGUGGAGUAUGUCACAGAACUGGUACAUAAAGCCCAAGAUAUUGGAUCUCAGAGGGGGAAGCUAUCAGUUGAGGAUUUCCUCUAUUUGAUUCGCAAGGAUUCGCCAAAACUUAACCGCUGUACAGAACUACUUCUAUGAAUGAAGAGCUGAAACAAGCAAGAAAGGUUUUCGAAUCAGACGAAGAGAAACUAAGGAAGGUUUUUGAGGUGGAUGACUCACUUGAAGGAUGAGUAAUGAAGUUACUGAAAUGCACUAAUGACUCAGCUAACCUGUUCUUUGUUGGUUAUGAUGUGUUUCGCUUUCUGGAGGAUGCUCUAGAUAUGAACUUAAUCCCUAAACGUCCAUGAUCGAAUUGAAAAUUUGUUUUAUCUUCGUACUCAAAUGUAAUGUGUACAUAAUCUUAAAAUCAAUUUGUGCCUUAUAA